AUGGAAUGUGAUCGUACUCUGUUUGUCACUAAUUUUUGUCGUGAGGUGACUGAGGAGCUUUUUUUUGAACUUUUUAAUCAAAGCGGUCCGGUUCAAAGUGUAAAUAUUAAAGGGAACGUCGCAUUCGUCACAUAUGAAGAUGAGGAAUCGAUCAUCUAUUCAUGUGCUCUCUUUAAGGACAUCAAACUCUAUGGGAAAAGACUUCAAAUCAAGCCCCGGAAGGGUUCAAAGUAUGAGCAAGCAGUCAUACCAUCGGUGCCUCCCUACAUGCAUAUUGUAGAUCGUGUCCAGGCACAGAGGUCAUCUUACCGGUUGGAUAUGCCGAAUUUUCCACCUUCUCCCAUCCCUUAUUCUAUUCAUCCAGGAAAUUCGGAGCAUUUUAUGCGUCAUUUCUAUAGCCCAUCUUUGUCUAUGCCUGAUUUGCAUGAUCAUUAUGGCCAUCCUUUCUCAUCCUCUAAGACGGGUGACCACCACACGAGCCUUGGUGGGCAUCAGCGCUCAAAUUACAGACAAGAUAUUUAG